AUGAUUGCUACGACAUAGAAUGAUAAAGAUUCAUCAAUAAUAUCAAACACAAAUAAAGAUACAAAAGUUAAUUUUGAACGAUUACUUUCAACAACAUUAUUUUCUAUAAAAUCAGUAAAACACUUAACUAUUUUAAAUCAACGUUCAAUGUGCAAAAGAGCAAACGGACAUGAACUUGAAACACAUGCUUUAGCAGCAUUAGAACCAGUUGUAUAUGAUUUAUUUCUUGUUGAAACCUUACUUGAACUUGUUCAAUACAACAAAGUAAUGUAA